GACUCAGCGAAGGGGAGAGGAGGAGCCCAGGGUUCCUUUGCAGCGCGCAGGCCUGGCUGCAGUCUAGAACCCGGACAGGCAAAGAUCCAAAGCAGCUGGAGGGGAAGGAAGGGGAGCACCCUGCCAGAUCACUGUUACUUUGAAGAGUGGCAAAGCUUCACGAAAAAUACAUUUCUUUCAGCAGUGCAAUUGGCAGUGGAAUUGAGCUGUGUUGAUUGAGCUGCAUUUGAAUGGAAAUAUUUUUGCAAUCGAUCUGCUUUAGUUCACCCAAAUAAUGCCUCGCAGAAAAUCAAACCUAGGUCGUCGUACUCGUGGAGCGGAAGCAGUGCGACGAGUAAUUGUAAAUCAAACUGAGGAAGAACGGGCAGCAGCGAACGAGCGAAACAGACAAAGAAUGGCUCAAAUACGUGCCGAGGAACCAGCAGAGCGACGUGCGGCCAGACUUCAGGAUGCACGGUUGCGAGCACGGCGAUUGCGUUCUGCAGCUUCAGAUCUGCGUCGUUCUCAACAGAAUGAACACAACAGGUUGAGAGUGGGUGAAAGACAUCAACAAGAAACAGCAGUGAAAAAAUUAAUGGGCAACGUCGUUGAAGCAACAGUCUUGACAGGACCUUUCAAAGGUGCAAUGGGGGACUUGUGUCUGGGCCAGGAGUUCCACACUUGGCACCAGUUCAGCCUGUUUUUUGAUGACUGGUGUGAAAAGCACAAGGUACUCUUCAUCAUUGCCAGCCUGAAGCCGCUCAUCUCUCUGCGCCAGAACCCACCACCUUAUCAGCCCAGCUUGGCUGAGACACUCCGCUUCCGUUUCGUGCGUCUCAUCUGCAAACACAGCGGGACCUAUGUUGGGCAAAGCACAGUGCAACGGAACCGCAACAGUGAGAAGAUUGACUGCCCAGCUUCCAUCACUCUACGCUUAGGCCCCAAGAAGGACUGCUUGGUGGUGACUGAGGCCAACCUAGAGCACAACCACUUCUUGUCUGAGCUGGAGUUCUCCCACCACUUCAAGCGGCACCAGCUGAGGGCCAGCCUGGGGCUGCCCAUCCGCAUUACCAACAGCAUAUCGAAGCGUUUCCUGGCACCUGACCUUGUCUGGAACCUGGAGGAUUAUAGCAAAGCCAAAGACAAGGGCAUGUGUGAGCUCCUGGCUGUUCUAGAUGGUCUCUUCAAGACCGACAUGAGUGCUAAGGUCAAAAUGGUGUUCCAGGAGGACGUGGCUGUCCUCAAUAGCAUCUUCCUGGCCACCUCACACAUGCACAAACUAGUGCAGCGCUUCCCGGCUCGUCUUUUUCUGGAACGUGCUGCAUGUCUCAAUGCAGACUUUGAGCUUUAUACAAUAUUGUGUCAAGAUGCCAAUGGACGUGGUCGGGAGGUGGCUUAUUGCCUGGCACGCCAGGGGCUGCCUGACCUUCUUAUAUUUAUGGUGGCGUCCUUGGUACAGAGUGUCCCGGGCAUAAAAUUGAGUGUGAAGGUGGUCACGGUCGGGGCUGGUUUGACUGGGCUGGAUGCAGUAGAGGAGGUGUUGCCUUGUGCCCGGGUACAGAUCUGUCGCCUUCAGGUCUUGGAGGCCCUCUACAGCAAGGCCUCUGAACUGGCAGUGCCAAAGGAAGACCAGAUCCGUAACUUGCUGCUCAACCUGGCAAAUGCUGACUCUCCUUGCGUCUACAGCCAGUACCUGAGUGACUUGGAAGAUGUGGCUCCAGACCCCUUUUUGCAGUACUUCCUAGAGCGCUGGCACCCCCACAAGGGCAUGUGGGUAGAGUGUUGGGCCUUUGAGAAGAACAGAGAAUGCUCCUUCCUGGACCACUUUAGUGCCCAUCGCCAUAAGCUUCUGACAGUGCUCAGCCCCCCUGUGGCACUGGCUGCCUCUCUCAAAGGCCUGCUGGAUCUCCAGGCCCUACAUGUGGAGGCAUCAACACUCAAUGUGGCACCUGUGGCAGAGCUGUACCACACUGUCUGCCGGUCUGACAGCACUGACCUGGUUGUUGAGGAACUGGACCUGGUGCCCCACGCUCACUACAAGCUGAUAGAGUCGUCUGAGGGAUACCUCUUGGAAGGCCACACCUGCUCUUUUCUGGUGAGCCAUGACCUGGCUACUUGCAGCUGCUCCAUUUACAUGGCUCACCAGCUUCCUUGCAGACACAUCUUUGCCAUACGCCUUUGGGUUGGAAGGUCUCUCUUCGACCCCAGCCUGCUGCCUGGCGUGCCACAAACACUUCAAAAAACCACAAGCCAGGAGAAAUGCUAGCGGGCAACCACAUUGGAUCAAGCCCCAAACGUUUCAGAGCUUGAAAAAAGAAUUGUUUGAAUACAAUUGAUUCCCCAGCAAUAAUACAUGUUGCGAGCUAU